AGAAUCAUAAGGCACCGAAUAAUUUUUCUCUUAUCAAAUUUUAAAAUAGCGUAUAACUUUUAUGAGGUGUUAAACAAUAUAAUUUUUUAAACUAUGGAUUCAGAGAUUUUAGACGAAACUUGGAUUAUAACUUUUCCAAACAGCACUUUGAAAUUUUGUGUUAGCAAAAAUCUUUUGACUUCAGAAAGUAGUAAAUUUCAAGAAAUGAUUUAUUCUGCAGAAAGAGAAAAUAAUAACUCGAUUUUACUGGAUGACGAUACUAGAGUGGUUGAUAAUGCUUUAAGAUAUCUGGCAGGACUGUCAGUAGAGAAGCGCAUGAAGACACAUGUAGAAUUACUUUUGUUUGCAGUUAAAUACGAAAUACCUAGAUUAUUAGAGGGGUGUAAGGUAUUUAUCAUGAGCAAUUUAAACGAUAAAAAUGUUUGCUACGUAUAUGAAACUUUAACAUCAAAUAAUAUUCAUGAUGGAGAUAUUUUUUACAAAUGCUGGAGAAUAUUUGACUAUUGCUGGAAAAGCAUUUUUAGCCAACGUGCAUUUUUAACUUGUUCACCAACAGUUAUUUUAACAUUUGUAUUAAGAGAAAUUUAUAACAACAUGAAAGAAGAAGAACUUUUUAAAGCACUCGUUAAAUGGGGUACAUAUAAAACUAUCAUGGAAUGUAGCACCACAAACACAAAAGUCGUUAGGGAAACAAUAUCAGUAUACAUGUCUAAAAUUAGAUUUAUGAGUAUGUCCAUACAAACUUUAGAAAAAGAAAUUUUUCCAAUGGGGAUAUUAUAUGAUGAAGAAAUUGCAGCUAUUAGAAAAGCUUUUCGUAGGAGAAGAUUAGAAGGAUUACCAUCUACUAUAUGUCAAAAUUUAAGAAAUAGGAAAGUACUUCCUAAUUAUCGUGUUCUUCUGGAGCAUGUAGUCCAAAUUAUCAGCUUGGACACAAAUGAUAAAAUGGUAAAAAAUACAGACAAUUUCAUUUGUUCAUGCACUGUUAAAGGUCAAUGUUUCUUUCGGGCAUUUGCACUUCCCAUAGAGAAUAUGUCAAACGAAUCCAUUGUAGUUAAUUUAUAUAUAUUUGUAGAUGACAAGAUUUAUAAAUAUAAAAUAGAAAAUUUACUAGUUUGUGAUUAUAAUCAAAUUUGUAUUAAACCACCAUUAUUCUUACAUUAUGAUGCUAUAAUUAAUGGUGUCGUCACAAUAAGUAAUAUAUCUACUACUUCUAAAAUAGUCCUUACAAAAGGUACACCUCAAAUUAUUCCCAAAAAUUUCCUUUUACAUCAUGUGUGCUUAGAAGGACGUUAUUUUUUAAUAGAUGAAAUACUGCUUUAUUUUUAAAAUUUAAUUAAUUCAAUAAUACUUAAUAGAAAAACGAAUAUUUCUAUAUUUUUGAAAUGUCAUCA